AAUUUUUAAUUUUUAGUUUUUAGUAUUCAUCCUUGGUUUCCUUUCAUAAUUAAGGAUAUAGGAACGAUACAGGUUCAGCGCGAGGGUUCUCUAGGGUUCUUCAGGCUCUUCCACUGGUAGACAGCUGCUUCGACCUCUCUACCUCCUGCAACUUCUCUUCGCUCAAGGCUUAUACCGCAAUGGCGAACAUGGCUCGGUCGUUCCUGCAGGUGGCAUCAACCGAGGAGGUUGCUUCCCCACUUAGAGUUGUUCAGAUCGAGGGACUGGUUAUAUUGAAGAUAAUAAAACAUUGCAAAGAGUUCUCGCCAGCUCUGGUCACUGGGCAACUUCUUGGGCUGGAUGUUGGUAGUGUUUUGGAAGUUACCAACUGCUUUCCUUUUCCGAUCCGUGAAGAAGAUGAGGAGAUUGAAGCAGAUGGUGCUAAUUAUCAACUUGAGAUGAUGAGAUGUUUGAGAGAGGUUAAUGUUGAUAACAACACUGUGGGAUGGUACCAAUCAACUUUGUUGGGUUCAUUCCAGACAGUGGAAUUAAUUGAGACCUUUAUGAAUUACCAGGAGAAUAUAAGGCGUUGUGUCUGCAUUAUUUAUGAUCCUUCAAGGUCCAGUCAAGGUGUCCUAGCUCUCAAAGCUAUGAAGCUUUCUGAUUCUUUCAUGGAUCUGCAUCGCAAUAACAACUUUACUGGAGAAAAGUUGAGGGAGAAAAAUUUGUCAUGGGUGGAUAUCUUUGAGGAAAUACCUAUAAAAGUUUCGAAUUCUGCCCUUAUCAGUGCCUUUAUGACAGAGCUAGAAGCUGAUACAAUUGUCACCCAGUGUGACUAUGAUCGUCUACAAUUAUCAACAAAUCCAUAUAUGGAGAGGAAUAUGGAAUUUCUUUGUGAAUGCAUGGAUGACUUAUCAAUGGAACAGCAGAAGUUCCAAUUCUACUACCGGAACCUGUCUCGUCAGCAAGCCCAGCAGCAAGCUUGGCUUCAGAAGAGAAGGGCGGAGAACAUGGCACGUAAAGCUGCAGGAGAUGAUCCUUUGCCUGAAGAGGAUCCUUCAAACCCAAUUUUUAAGCCACUCCCUGAACCAUCACGAUUGGAUAGCUUUCUCAUCACGAAUCAAAUAGCCAACUACUGUAACCAAAUUAAUGGAGUUGCCGGACAGAGUUUCAGCAGAUUAUAUUUGAUGAAGGCAUUGCAUGAGAAUUGAGUCCCAAGUCUGGUGAAUUCUUCAUCAGUUGCCGAGACAUUCUUUCUGAAUGUUUUUUUUUGUAGUCCCAGAAAAUCCCCAUCGUAGGUAUUUGGUGUACUUGUCAGAUUUUUUUUAAUUUUUUUUUAAAAAUUUAAAGGCUUGUAAUUUUAUUUUAUUUUAUUUUUAUGGUUUUCCUCUCCUUCACUAGUUAUUUUUAACUCUGAAAUUUCAGCAGAAAAAAAAAAAAAAAAAAACCUUGGGCAGAUUUCCUUGAUUUUUGUAAUAUCAAAUACAAUCUAAAAGAAGAAAUCUUGGAUUAUUGUGAAGCUA